GUCAGAGUCUAGUCGAGGGAAGGAGGCGAGGAGGAAAGGAAAGAAUAAAAAAGGAGGCAGGGUGUGAGAGGAGAGGCCGUGGAGAGAGCGGACUGAGCCAGUGUGUCAGUGACAGCGCUGAGUCGUGCUCACCCUGACUGACCGCGGCGGGUGGACGGACAUGGAGGGAUCCACGGAGGAAGAGUUCAAAGAGAAAUUACUAUGGACCGUCAAGAGAGAGGUGAAGCAGAUUAUGGAGGAAGCAGUGACAAAAAAAUUUGUCCACGAAGACAGCAGCCACAUCAUUGCUCUGUGCACUGCGAUCGAGGCAUGUCUGGGUCACCAGCUGAAGAGACGGGCGGCUGGCUUCCUCCGCAGUGACAAGAUCGCCGCCCUCUUCAUCAAAGUCGGCAAAGUUUCCGAUACUGCCGGUGAAGUUUGCCGUAAAGUGCAAGAACAGCUCCAGCAGCAGGCAGACCUCACCAGGAGAACUCAGAGUGUGGGACAUGAGCCUCUGAGGAGACAGGGCUCCUCCACCACCAGCCGCCCCCCUCAGCCCCUCUCCGCUCAGGCCAUCAAACACAUCUGGGUCCGGACAGCGCUCUUCGAGAAAGUGCUGGACAAGUUAGUGCAGUACAUCGUGGACAACUCCAGUAAAUACUACGAGAGAGAUGCUCUGAUGCAUGACUCAGUCUUCGGGCCCAUCUUGGCAGCCCUGCUGGUCGGACCUUGUGCUCUUGAGUACACCAAGCUGAAGACAUCAGACCAUUUGUGGACUGACCCCUCAGCCAACGAACUUGUCCAGCGUCACCGUAUCCAUGGAGCCCACAGAAGUCAAGACACCACACCCAGCCGCCGACCUGCUCUGGGGAUCCGCAAGAGACAAUCCAGUGGCAGCAUGUCAGAGGACAGGUUUGCUGCAUCAGCAAGGGAGUAUGUGGAAUCUCUUCACCAAAACUCCAGAACACACCUUCUCUACGGCAAAAACAACGUCCUGGUGCAGCCGAAGAAGGACAUGGAGGUGUUGCGGGGCUACUUGUCGCUCCACCAGGCUGGAGAUAACCUGACCCUGAAGUGGACCCCCAACCAGCUCAUCAAUGGCACGUUAGGAGACUGUGACCUGGAGAAAAGCAUCUACUGGGAUUAUGCACUGACUGUUCCUCUGCGCCAGAUAGUCUGCAUCCACUGCCAUCAACGUUUGGAUUGUGGUGGCACGCUAGUUCUGGUCAGUCAGGACGGUAUCCAACGGCCUCCCCUCCACUUCCCCCCUGGUGGUCACCUCUUGGCCUUCCUCUCUUGCCUAGAAACAGGUCUCUUGCCGCGGGGUCAGCUAGAGCCUCCUCUCUGGUCACAGAAAGGCAAGGGAAAAGUGUUCCCUAAAUUAAGGAAGAGGAGCAGUGCUGCCCGGCUCAUUGACCAGGACAGAAAUGGUGAGGAGCAAACAGCUGCUGACUAUGUGUUUCGCAUUGUCUACCCAGGAUACCACUACGAUGCCAUCACUAUAAAUUACCACCACACCACGGGCAGCCGCGCUCCCUCGCUGGACGAUGACGAGGAAGAGGAAGAUAGGCUCCAUGCUAUGAUCUCAAUGAUCUGCUCGCGGAACCUCACAGAUCCUAAUGUCAUGAAAGACCACGGGGAUAUGAUGGAGAUGCAGGCUUUCGGAGGAAGCCCAUUGUCAUGGCAACAGGCUGAAGUAACCACUCAUGAGUCCCUGUGCCAGUCCUGCUCCACAGCUGGCAGCAAUGUGUCAUUCGAAUACCCGGCCGGCUGUACCUGCAUUCACAACACGGCAGAUAUUCACACUGUUCCUCUGAAGAUGCUCUGCCAGAACAUGAAGAGACAGAUCGUCUCCAGAGCCUUUUAUGGAUUGUAA